GCGGGCGCGGGGCUCGGCCUGCCCGGGCACGGCACGGAGCGGGGCCAUGGUCCGGCGGGCAGCCCGGGCACGGCAAUCCUGAGCGGUGCACAUCUGGACGGAGCCUCCUGGCAGCCUCUGCUGCGAGGCUGGAUGACAGCAGGAGCUGCCAGGUGAAUCCAUGAGCCUGUGAGGAGGCCAGCCAUGGGUCAGAAGGUCACGGGGGGGAUAAAGACAGUGGACAUGAGGGACCCUGUGUACCGGCCGCUGAAGCAGGAGCUGCAGGGGCUGGACUACAGCAAGCCCACGCGGCUGGAGCUGCUGCUGGACAUGCCCCCCGUGUCCUACGAGGUGCAGCUGCUGCACUCGUGGAACAACGACGACCGCUCGCUGAACGUGUUCGUCAAGGAGGACGACAAGCUCAUGUUCCACCGGCACCCGGUGGCGCAGAGCACGGACGCCAUCCGCGGCAAGGUGGGCUACACGCGGGGGCUGCACGUGUGGCAGAUCACCUGGGCCAUGCGCCAGCGCGGCACCCACGCCGUCGUGGGGGUGGCCACGGCCGAGGCGCCGCUGCACUCCGUGGGCUACACCACCCUGGUGGGCAACAACCACGAGUCCUGGGGCUGGGACCUGGGCCGCAACAGACUCUACCACGACGGCAAGAACCAGCCCAGCAAGACCUACCCCGCCUUCCUGGAGCCCGACGAGACCUUCAUCGUGCCCGACUCCUUCCUGGUGGUGCUGGACAUGGACGACGGCACGCUCAGCUUCAUCGUGGACGGGCAGUACAUGGGGGUGGCCUUCCGGGGCCUCAAGGGCAAGAAGCUGUACCCGGUGGUGAGCGCCGUGUGGGGCCACUGCGAGAUCCGCAUGUGCUACCUGAACGGACUGGACCCCGAGCCCCUGCCCCUGAUGGACCUGUGCCGGCGGGCCGUGCGGCUGGCCCUGGGCAAGGAGCGGCUGGCCGAGAUCCCCACGCUGCCCCUGCCCGCCGCCCUCAAGAGUUACCUGCUCUACCAGUGAGCGCCAGGACGCAGGUGGAUGGAGCUGCCCCGGGCCCUGCCCUGCUGGAGCUGCCGGCCGAGGAUGGAUCCCUGCAUCCCUGCAUCGCUGCUGCAGCCUCCCGGGCUCUGCUCCUCGGGAGCCCCUGCCCCAGCACACUGAGCAGAGGAACAUUGCCAGAGCCCUGUGCUCCCCUCUCCUCCUGGGAGAGGCUGUGCUGCCUCCCCGGGCUCGGGGGAAUGGUUCUGGGCCAGCCAAAGGGAAGGAUGGUGAGAAAAGAAUAAUGGUAACAGUAAGAGUUCAAACGUGAUCUGAGGAAGAGGAGGCACUAGGAAUAGAAGUGUCAAGACCACGUCCUGAGAAGGGAAAGGCUCAGGAUGGCCAGCAGAGUUGGAAAGAGUCUGGAGUACCAUAAAGAAUUAAUUGAUGAGUUUUUAAAAGCCAAAAAAUAAAAAAAGUACAACCCCAAGCCCUGAAACGCCAAAACCAAGAGCCCUUCCUCCACCAGGACCCUUCUGAGCUUGGAGAAGGUGCUUGUGUUGCUGAUGUCUGUGCUGGGAUCCUCGCCCUGCUCUGUUGCUGUCUCACAGGUGGUGACUCCUGCUGCCUUGUUUAGCGCCAGGGCUCGUCCUGCUCUGCUCUGCCUCCUCCCAGGGCUUUCACAGCUGAUUUUGCAGUCAGGCUGUGUCCCCACACUCCUCCUUCCUGCUGAGAGCUGCAGCUCUGCUCUGGGGUCCCUGGCUGGGCUGGGACUGUGUGUCACACAUCUGCGUGUGUGUGU